GAGAGCGGAUGAAAAUAAAUGCUUUGACAUAAAUAUUAAUUCAGGAGUCGUCGAGGACACUUUGUGAUUUCAAAAUAAGAUGCUGAAAAGUGAAUGUUUAUCUCCAAGCUAAGAAGUCUCUGAACGAAUCCGCUGGACUGGUGCCUUCCCAUUGAGACGCAAGAGGCAUAGACAGGAGCCUGCACACAACAACGACAGCUUCUAUCGGAGUGAUACUACUCGACCGGGACAGAAGGAAUGGGAUACCCGGGCAGAGCAGUGGGAGGAUGGAAAGGAUGGACGCUGCUGGUUUGGGUCGCCGCUGUCAGCGUUGUCUUUGCAGACGGACGGAGAGUGAGGCCGGCCAGAUGCCCCUCUGGGUGUACCUGCACCAAAGACAAUGCGCUGUGUGAGAAUGUCCGGUCCGUGCCGCACACGUUCCCGUCCGACGUCGUUUCACUAUCUUUUGUCAAGUCUGGAUUUAAUGAAAUCGUAGGAGGAAGCUUUGUUCACACGCCUGCCCUGCAACUGCUAUUGUUCACAGCAAAUUCAUUUGACCUAAUUGAUGAAGAUGCGUUCCUGGGUUUACCACAUCUUGAAUACCUGUUUAUUGAAAAUAACAAAAUUGCAUCGAUAUCCCCAUAUGCUUUCCGGGGUCUGAAAGGGCUGAUACAUCUAAGUCUGGCGUACAACAACCUUGAGACACUGCCAAAAGAUGUCUUCAAGGGCAUGGAAGCUUUGACUAAAGUGGAUCUGCGUGGCAACAACCUGAUUUGCGACUGCAAGCUCAAGUGGUUGGUGGAGUGGAUGCACCACACUAAUGCCACCCUGGACCAGAUCUUCUGCAGCGGGCCACCUGCUCACCAGGGGAAGAAGGUCAAUGACCUGCUGCCACAGUCUUUCGACUGCAUCAUAGCAGAGUUUGCCUCCUACCAGUCGUUGAAGUUUGAGUCCAUUUCGGUGGGGGCCUUCACCUUUGGUGAAGACCAGUAUGUUGUGUUUGCCCAACCGUUUGCUGGGACGUGCAGCUUCCUGGAAUGGGAUCACGUUGAAAUGACCUUUAGAACUUAUGACACCAUUGAAGGCACCUCCACUGUGGUCUGCAAGCCCAUGGUGAUUGACAACCACCUCUUUGUCAUCGUGGCCCAGCUGUUCGGGGGCUCGCACAUUUACAAACGCGACACCUCCGCCAACAAGUUCAUCAAGAUCCAGGACAUUGACAUCCUGAAGAUUCGCAAACCUAACGACAUUGAGACGUUCAUGAUCGACGGAGAGUCUUUCUUUGUCAUCGCUGAUAGCUCGAAGGCGGGCUCCACGACAGUGUACAAAUGGAACGGCAAUGGCUUCUACUCCCACCAGUCACUCCACCCGUGGUUCCGCGACACCGAUGUAGAAUAUCUGGAGAUCUCCGGCAAACCCCACCUGAUCUUGUCCAGCAGCUCCCAGAGGCCCGUUGUCUACCAGUGGAACAGGGGCCAUAAGCUGUUUGAACGCAGGACUGACAUCCCAGAGAUGGAGGACGUCUUCUCUGUCAAACACUUCCGGGUCAAAGGUGAGCUGUUCAUUUGCUUGACAAGAUUCAUCGGGGACUCCAAGGUGAUGCGCUGGGAUGGUGCCAUGUUCAAGGAGGUCCAGACAUUUCCUUCCCGUGGCUCCAUGGUGUUCCAACCCGUCUCCAUCGGCAACUGGCAGUAUGCCAUCUUGGGCAGCGAUUAUUCACUGACGCAGGUUUACCAGUGGGACACCGAGAGGGGCCAGUUUGUCCCAUCUCAGGAGCUGAAUAUCCAGGCGCCUCGAGCAUUUUCUUUUGUUUCCAUUGACGACCGCGUGUUCCUGCUCGCAUCCAGCUUCAAGGGGAAAACGCAGAUAUAUGAGCACCUCAUGAUCGAUUUGAGUACUUAAACUCCUCGUCUAAUUUGAGAUAAGUUAUGUACACUACCAUUCAAAUGCUCUCUUCUGUGAUUGUGUUGAACCUUUCCGUCUCGUUAGAAUCCACCAGCACCAGCUUAAAGAAAGGGAAGUUUCAAGCGGAAGCUCAAACCAUCUGAAGAGAUAUUUCAAAGUUCAGGACCUUUAGGUUGAGAUUAAGUGGUUGAAAUUCCUACAGUUGUUAUGAUCAAUGAGUUUAUUUUAGAGGUCUGACAUAAUACCCGUAUCACUGAAAAUACAUUAUACACAGUCCCUGAUGCCUAUGUUUGGCAAACCUGCUGCAACUACUUCAUUUUGAUAAACUCCUUCUAUUUUCAUCUUGAUUCCUCACUAUUUGGAAAUGCCUUAAUCUCCAUUUGAAAAAACGUAGAGUGCGAACUGACUAUCUUUCAGGAAAAACAAGCUAUGAAAUCACUGCUUCCACGUCUUUUAUUCUACAGUCCAGGUUUUCUUGUAGUUAGUAGACAUUGAGUAUAUGUCUCUUCGUUUCAACUCCAUGCAUUUUUAUUUCUAUUGUAGGAAUUGUAUAGGAACGAUUCAGGAGUUUGUUAGUGUAACAAUCAUGCAAUAAUAGUCCAAUAGGGAAACAUUCUUGAGGGAGAGGUGUUCAGGUUGAAGUGUUUUUCUUUUUGUCUAGCAAAACUACGAACACAAAAGAAAACUUUUCUUCAUUUAACAAAGUAUUUCAGGAAAAUUGACUUCAAAGUAAAAUGUCAUUACAAGAGAUUAUUCCCAAUGGAACAUAUGUGGACGUGGUAGUCAAGCAAUGGGUCACGCAACUCACCAGUUUUAAAGUCAGGGUUGUUAGGUAGCUUGUACAAGAUGGACAAUGUGCAAAAAUAUUUUUGUUUGAAUCUCAUCCGAACUUCGUGAUAAUGUAACAGCAGCAACGACGGUUCCAACCAAACGUGGGUUGAACUACUUGUUGAGGACUAUGUACAUUCUUCCAGACAAAUUUAGUAGCUAGUCAACAUAUCGGUCUUUUGUAAUUACUUACAACUUAAAGAGGGGACCCUAAUAUCGGAAAUUAAUCCACUAAACACUGGGAGAAACUGCUAAAAUCCACCUUCUCUGUCCUUUCUACUCAAUGACCAUCAGUUAAGCAAGACUGCACGCAUGACGCAGACACUCAUCGGGUCGAUUCCUGAUGAAUGCCUCGCUAGAAGCAUCCCACUGUCUAUCCCCGAGCUCUCCCUCUUUCACUGCACUCUUGGCCCUUUUCUCCCUCAUUGACAAAACCAUUGUUGUCUUUACUCCGUAACUAAAAAGCCAACCACUGUGCAGCACCUGGUACCUGUGCUUUCACAUGGUCCUCUUAUUCUGACACAAUUUGGAUAACAAUUAACAACUUCACUGAUUUGCCAAAUAUGUUUACCUUUUUACAAUACGGUGUAAAAAAAUGAAUGUGAUAUUGCUUUUGUAUGUAGAGGGGACCACACUCAAGUGUUUUAUUUUUCAUAGAUAUAGAAUUUAGUGUAGAUAUGGAUCACCUCCUGUGUAACAUGCUACUUCUGCAAAACAGUGUUGGCUUCUACUUGUGUCAGUCUAAUCUAGUUAGGUGAGGAUAGAGGAUAAUAGCCAUUCAUUUGUCAUCUUGCUCUUUGUAUUUUAUGUACAGCACAGUGGUAAUAAAAUACUAAAAUGUUAAA